AUGAACCCUCUACGACAAACCGGUAUUAAAAAUCUUGGGACACACUUCAGAUCGACUUAUCAUCAUCAUCGAACGCAGUCUACGGAUAGUCAAUUUGAUGGUGGUGAAAGAUAUUUAGCCGAUAUUUGUAUACAAACAGAAAAUGGUGAGAUUCAGUUAAAAACACGACAUGUAACGGAUCGAACUUUUCGAGAACAUUUAGAAAUUAUAUUUACGAAAGAUCAUAAAUCAUCACUACUAAUUCGUUGUUUCAAUAUUUUGUUAAAAUUUAUUACAUGUGUAUUAUACAUUUAUCGGGCAGCAAACGACACUCCACCAUUCAAAAGUAGUUGUUUUCUUCGUGAUAAUGCACAUAGUUUUAAAAAUAGAACAACAUUCUUAAAUGAUACAUCCACUAUCGAUUGGACGGCAAUUGUAUGUGUAGAUCGAUCAUUUCUUAUUUGGUUAAUGCAAGUUAUAUUGGCUAGUAUUAGUCUAUUCGAAACAUUAUUGAUGAUUUAUCUACAACAAAAGGGUCAGCGUUUAACGCAUGUUCUUACUAAAUACAUGUUUGUUGAGUUAAUUGCAACAAUACCAUGGUUAACUACACUUGCUUAUAAACCAUUUCGAGCAUUGUUUAUUCCAGUAUUUUUUAAUGCUUGGUUAAUGAAACGUAAUUUAGAAGGUUUACUAAAUGAUUUAAAUCAAAUACAAGAUUUUUCAAGAUCAAUUCUUGUUCAACAGUUAUCAUCACUUGCUAUGACCGUAUUUUCUCUAUUAUUUACGGCUAUGUGCGGUUUUCAACAACUACAACGUGGUGGUCAUUUCUACGGUGUUUUUGAUACAUUUUAUUAUGUUAUUAUAUCUACCUCAACAGUGGGUUAUGGUGACAUUGUACCCGAUAUAUGGCCUUCAAAGUUAUUUAUGACAAUUAUGAUUGUUGCUGCACUCAUAUUGAUACCAACACAACUAGAACAAAUGGCAUCGUUUUGGUUUGAAAGACAAAAAUACGGUGGCACCUAUAAUCGUCAUCGUGCAGCGCAUGAUAAACACGUCGUAGUUUGUACAACAAGUUUAAAUCAUGAUCAAAUAAUGGAUUUUUUAAAUGAAUUUUAUUCUCAUCGUCUACAUCAAACAUAUCAUGUCAUCUUAAUAUCUCCAGCAGAACCAGAUGUUCAACUUCGUUCAAUUCUCUUAACAGCGCUUUGGAAACAACGAGUAAUUUAUAUGCAAGGUUCGGCAUUAAGAACAUAUGAUUUGAUUCGUGCUCGUGUUGAUCGAUCUCGCGCUGUAUUUAUUUUGGAAACACGAACUCAUACAAAUAAAAUUAUGGCAGAUCAACAUUCAAUUUUGCGUUCGUGGGCUGUAAAAGAUUUUGCUCCAUACGUACCUCAAUAUGUUCAAAUAUUUCGUCCAGAAAAUAAAAUUCAUGUGAAAUUUGCUGGUGAAUAA